AUGGACUCUCUCAGCCAACAAUACCCCCUCCCAGCAGGCGUACACAUCAUCCCCGAACACCUUUUGGACCUCCGUCCCGACUCCGAAAUUGACCAUGACCUCCUUCAUCCCCGACCCGUCACCGACGAGAAAAACAUCUGGCUCUUCUGGCACAGCGGCUACUCCACCAUGCACGCAUAUACCAAGCGCAACGUGCGCGCCUGGCACCGACGCUUCUCCAAAGCAGGCUGGGCCGUCCGAGUCAUCGACUGCCACCCAUCAUCCCCCCUCAACAUCGCCAACUACAUAGACAUCAAUGACCCAAACUACUUCCCCCGCGCAUUCGCCGAAGGCACCAUCACCGGUACCUAUGCCAAGCAACACACAUCCGACCUCGUCCGACUGCCCUUACUUCUCAAAUACGGCGGUAUCUACGCCGACGUCGGACUCAUCCAGAUCGGUGAUGUAGACUGGCUAUGGCGCGAGACAGUCGGCAACCCGGACUCACGGUUCGAGGUGCUCUCCUACAAUGCCGGCGACGUCAAUGAACGCAGUCUGACCAAUUACUUUCUCAUGGCGCGGCCGAAUAACCCGCUCUUCAAGCGGUCUCAUCGUCUCCUGCUCAAGUUAUGGGAGGGAAAGACAUGCACAGAGGGAAUGCACCGCAGUCCACUGUUAAAGGACCUCCCGUUCAUAGAAGGGUCGGGAGGUCUGACGGAGCAGCAGUGCAGGGAGUUGACGGAUUAUAUCAUCCAAGGACAGGUGAUAACUCUAGUCAUGGGGCUAGUGGACGAGGAAGAUAACUGGAACGGACCGAAAUACAUUGCCGAGCAUCUCUAUGGCAUUGAGUUUAUGCAAGGAUCGCAGCUGAUCAACGAGAUGACGGCGUGGAAUGGUCAAAAAGCGUUUGAGCUGAUGUCGUUAUCGUUGCCGAAGGAGGGCGAGGAGGAAAGUCCGGAGCAGAAACAGGCCCGGGAGAUUGUCGAGGCGUGUCUGUCCAAGAGUUUCGGGUUCAAGCUUGCGCAUGGAUACAUCUUGGAGGUGAUGAACGCGACGCUGGGGUCGCUGUGGAGGGCAAAUGAGGGAUCGGAUAAUGUACCGGGGACGUAUGCGCAUUGGCUGAGACAUGGCAUUGUGUAUUGGAGUCAGGAUGUGCUUCCGCCGACGCAGCCAUACACGGUGAUUAAGCCGGUCAAGGUGGGAGGGCUGUUAGUAGCAUAG